AUGCCAAAGGGCGAUCCUUUGACCGAAGACGAGAAGAUCGAGGUUCUCGUUCAUCGUCGGGAAGGCAAGUCCACCAACUUCAUCGCCAAUGAGUUGGGACGGUCCCGAGGCUGCAUCCAAGGAUUCCUGGACAAUCCAGCAGCCUACGGGACUGCGAAAUCGACGGGACGUCCGUCCACCAUAAGCAGUGCUCUGCACCGACGACUCAUCCGCUCGGCAAGAAGUGGCAAGUUCACCGCGGCCGAGCUCGUCGAUCGGCAUUCCAUGCCAGUGGGUCCUCGCCGUGUGUGCCAGCUCCUCAACAUUAGCGGAAAACUCAAAUACAAGAAGCGAAUUGCUGCGCCAAUGAUGACACGAGCCCACGAAAAAGCACGCACGGACUUCUUGUCCCAAGCGACCUCCCGCGACCUUGCUGAGUUCUACUCUACAAAGGACUAUGUCCCUCAAGGCAACCGCAUUGAUGCGCUCAACAUCAGCAAGAUGUACCUCGAGCUCGAUCAAGUUGAGCACUCUGAGCACUACGUCGUCGACCCGACUCUGUCGGAGACCGAUCGCGAAGCGCGUCUCGCUCAGAUCAAGGCGCACACCACCGCCACCCAACGCGAGGUCAUUACCCGUGAGACGACCAAUAAACUGGCGAAUCAACGCUCUGCGGCGCACACCUUCUUGGUCUCAGCCAUUUCUACGAACCUCCGGCGCCUCUAUCAGGCCACUACGUGUCCGUUUGAGCUCUUUGAGCACAUCAAGACUCGUUUCGAGUCGAACCCCAUGGACAACAACCCUAAGGUCAUUGCCAGCUAUCUGCGCACUCUCAAGUUCACUGAUGAGAGUUGCAUUGACACUCUCUCUGUGGAGCUUAUUGACCUUGUCAAACGCUACCGGGUGUCUAUGACGCCGCCGUCGUUCAAUCCUCUGGAUCCAUCGGCGAUCUCGUCCGUCGACUACCACAACCAUAUCUAG